AUGUUGAAUUUAUCAUAUGAUCUUAUUGUAGAAAUCUUUGGAUACUUGACUAAAUCGGAGUUGAUUCCACUUUUGUCUACCCCAGUUUUGAGAUCUUUGGUGGUCGAACAUUACUAUGGUGAAGUUUUCAUAGACAACGUGGAUUUUUUGAAGUUCCUAGUAGAGUAUAGGGUCUUCCCCAAGUUUGUAUCGUUCGAUCACGAAAUGUUGCCAUUAAUACUAGAGAGCUUUUCAAUUUUGAAUGGUUGCAAAAUUAUUGAAAUUUCAGGAAAAGUAAAAAUUAAGUUGUAUGUUGGACAGAAUGAUCAUUUGUAUUCAUUUUUGAGUUCAAUCGGUGACUUAAGGUUAUCGAGUGAAAUCCAGGAGAUAGAAGUAACAGAUUUCAAAACAACUUUUGAAGAGUCUAUGAGUAAUGAGAAUGUGAUUUCUGUCAAGUCUAACGAUAUCAUUAAUUAUGAACAAUUUCCUAAGCUCAAGCAGAUUGAAGUCGGGAAAGUGUAUGGUUCUGAUUUAAAAAUACCGACUAGUGUCUCAAAAUUGAAAAUUGACCAUGUUGAAUCUUACGUUCAGUUUCCAGAUAAUCUCAAAGAGUUGAUUGUAGAGGGUGAUACCAUGUCCCUCCGAGACUUUGGUCAUAAAAGGUUAGAACAUUUCAGUUUUGCAACAUCGAGUCAGACCUAUGAGGUUGUCAAACAGUUGGAUUACCCCCAUUUGAAAUCCUUAGCUUUGAGUGGAAAUUUAGUCUUGGAGUGUGUGUUACCAACAAAUUUACGACAAUUGACCUUGAAUGGGAGCUUGAUUAAAAAACUUCCAUUACCCAAUUUGAAGCAGCUUACUUUAAUAAAUUGCAAAUUACUGAAUAAAUUUGAACUUCCUCCUUAUUUGCAAGAAUUUGAGAUCAAAAACUGUAAUUGUAAUGUUGAAUUAGAGAGUCUUAAAUAUCUUAAGAAAUUGAAAAUGGUUGAUAGGCUACAAAAACUUGGCCCUUUACCUGAAAGUUUAGAAGAGUUGGAUUUAAGUUGGAAUAAAUUGACAGAUUUGGUAAUAGAUUUACCUAAAUUGAAAAGAUUGAAUUUAUUACAGAAUUUCAUAUCUAAAAUAGAAAUUACGGCCGACAACUUAAAGCAUUUGAAUUUAUCAUCAAAUUCGAUUGAAACAAUCCAUUUGAACUUACCUGUGUUGACAUAUUUGGAUAUACUGAUCAAUAAGAUUUCAGAAAUCUCCUUGAACACACCACAUUUGAAAUUCAUAGAUCUUUCACGGAAUAACCUCAACUUAGAAGUGAUUAACGAUUUACCCAAAACCGUUACAUUCAUAAAAUUCAACUUGAAUAGGUCAACAGAACCAAUUUCCAAGGUUUGCUUACCACCAAAUUUAUACCAUUUACAAUUAAAUAGAACUUAUUUGACAAAGCGCAAUUUUAGUCAAUUAAUACCCUGUUCUAUUGUCAAUGUAGAGUUAUUUAAAACAGAAAUUGCUAGAUCUGGUAUCUUGCACGAACUUCAAGGGGAGAUCUGA